CAAUGAAAGUUGUAAGGAAUCGAGCCACUCUUAAAACAAUCAGCUCUAAAAAUCCCACUUGCAAGCCUGUAGGCUCCUACCAGGCCUGAUAGGCUUCGGCAGGCCGGUUGAAUUCGGCCUAUAUCCGCCUAGGCUCAUCGUCAGAGCGGCCUGCCUUGGCCCAGCCUACGGCCUAUAGGCCGGCCUAUCACUGGCCUAGCCCGUUGGGAACGCUGGAUGUGUCAAAAUGACACGGGAGAAAAUCCGGAGCAAACUCGCGAACACGACGAAGCCCAAGUCACAGGGCCAACCCUAAAAAAGACGAUCCGCAUCACCCCUACGCCGGUCACCGGUUCCCCGCUGGUCUUAAAAUUCCGAGAUAUAUUUUUACGCAAGCGCAAAAGGUGCCGGGGAGAGAAGAAUUAUGCUAUCACGAUGGAAGAUAUAGAGAAAUACUACCGUAAGAUCUGGCCACUGGUACCAGAUGUAAGCUCUGAAGCCGAAUCCUGUAAGUUAGCCUUGUUGAUCUCACCUGGAUUUUACUGAAAGCUAAUUCGAGCAGCCUCGGAAGAAGAAGGUGCAUCGUCUAGCUCGUCGGAUGGGUAUGUCUUGGAUUGACCUGAAAAUAUGGUCCUUAGGAAUACUGGCCUGGUUGUCGCAAAUCCUACAUCUUUGUACUUUUUAUUUUUUUUCCUGUAUAUUAGUGUUGUUCUUCACAAUGGAAUACUCCUCUCUCC